UCCAAAAUCCCUUGAAGCGGAGCGGAGUUCGUUGAUCCCUGAAUACUACUGGCUCCAGAGACUAUGAUACAUCUUCCUUUGCUAACAUGGUCUCCUUGCGCUGGCUCUCCUCGCCCUCCAGCUCCGCCUCGGAGGCUUGGCUUCGUGGGCAGAGACUACUAGAGAGGGCGCCCGGGGCCUAGUCGCCACCAGGAGCCAUGCCUUUGCUGCUCAAUGGCGAGCGGGUGGACCUGGGGCAGCCCCCGGGGGAGCUGGCCUACUCCUGCCCGGCCCUAGAGGAGCAAGCCAAAAAGUUAAGAAGCCAGCCUGCUCGAAUGGUGGGUCCCAAAGGACUUCUCUAUGUUCAGCAAAGAGAGUUUGCAGCAACCACUCCUAAGGAUGGUUCUGUUUCUAUUCUUGGAUCAGAUGAUGCAACUACCUGUCACCUAGUAGUGAUCAGGCACACAGGUAGUGGGGCUACAUGUCUGACUCACUGUGAUGGUUCAGAUACAGAAAUGGAAGUAUUAUUAAUGAUGAAUGCAGUCAAAGUGCUUUCUCCUAAUAUAGAAUGUGGAAGGUUGGAAGUACACCUGGUUGGAGGUUUCAGUGAUGACAGGCAUUUAUCCCAGCAACUUACCAACCAGCUUCUUAGAGCAUUUGACUGCUUGCAGGAUAACAUCCAUUUAGUGACUUUCUGUGUGACAGAAUUAAAUGACAGGCAAGAAAAAGGCAAUCACUUUCCAUUUAUUUACGGAAUUGGUGUAAAUGUUAAAACAGGAGAAGUUUUCCAUGCAACAUUUCCAGACAGGGGACCUGCGGAGGAUUUGCGGUCUGCCAGUAUCUUAACAGGAGCCAAGAUGGUUAACAUUUAUGACUCGAGAAAGGAGCAGCUUUGUAUUGGUCCUUACUUCUGGAUGCCUUUCCCCCAUGUGGAUUUUUGGCUACAACAGGAUGAUCAAUACAUACUACAGAAUCUUUCCACUUCACCUCUGGCUGAACCACCUCAUUUCGUUUCCCACAUUAGAGCAACCCUGAUGUAUUUAAAAGAACAUCCCUUUCCAGAUAAGACCUUAUUCCCUAGCAGGAAACCAUGGAUCUACAGAAAAAACAGUGAUGGGCUGUGGGAGAGGGUCAUUGCUGAUCAGAUCUAACUUAAAGAGUAGAAGCUGAGAGAACUCUGGAAGUGCGGUUGUGCCAAAGAAUGAGUGGUUGCGGUUUGUGACAGAGGGCUGGGUUUCACUUUAGGAACAGUUCUGUCAAACUUCCAUGGCAUCAUAGCGUAAGUAUAUUCAAAAACUGAGUUCCAAGAUAUCUAAAUGACUAUAUACAAAAUAGGUACUGCCUGUGUAUUUUUUGCUGAAUGAAGAUUGAGUGGUGAAGAUCAGGGGUUGACAACUUGAGAUGGCCUCCAGAUAUUCCUGGAUUGCAGUUUCUACCAGACUGGAGCCUAUAAAUAUUUUUGGGGUUUUUUGACUUUCAGAAUGUCUUAGCUAUCAUGGUCAGUUGCCAUGUUUGUUGCGUAAUUCUUUUGGAACUAUGUUCCUGUAAUAUAUUUAUGAGGCUGAAAAGAGAUGCGGAUGGAAGAGACGUAAGGAUCUGUGAAAUGGAGGGAGGUGUAGACAGAUCCUCAGUCCGUCUCCAGUCUCAUUAUAUACUGAUAUUCCAAAAUCCCCCAAAAUCUGAGUCAGAAUAUUUUGGUCCCAAACUUUAUGGAUUCUUAACUUGUGUGCACAGAUUCCCUCUUACUUUGCAGUGUCCAAAACAUUUUUUUCAGAAGCAGAUAUCCCCAAUAAGGGCCCUUUUUGUUGACUUGUGUCUUCCAACAGCAAUAAAAACCUUGCAGGAGGAUGCCCUGUGGGACCCAUGCUAUAUGUCUUGUCCACUGUGCCACUUAUGGUGACAUUGCUCCCUCCCAAAUUUCACCUGAGUUUGGGGUUCAGAGGUUAGCACAUCUUGUAAUCAAGAACAGUCUAUACCAUCAUCUUUUCAAAUUGUUCUUAUUUUAUAAUUGUAAUUUGAAUGUUGAGCGGUUCUGUAUGUAACUAUUCUUGCCCUCAGUGGUAUGUCUGUGCAGAUACAUACAUUUAGGAUUCUUGCUUCCAUGCUGUUGACUAUGAAGGAUUCUGUGUCUUUACCUAUUUUUGUAUUUCCUCUCUGUACCCAAUCAUGAUAUAAAGUUUUGAACUAAUUUAUGUA